AUGCGUCGAAAUUGUAGUGAUCGCGUAUGUCUUUUUUUAAGUGUUUUACUAUUAUUCUAUAUUGGAUGGUAUGUGUUGACUUCAUCAAAUUUUACUAUUCGAUUUCGACACGAUUCAGCUGAAGAAUUAGCUUAUAAAAAUGCGAUUAAAAUGUCAUCGCCUAUGAUGGAAAAUAGACAAAUAUGUUCUGUAGAUGAAAUUAAUCUUGUCUUUCUAAUUAUUUCCGUACGUGCACACUUUCUUCAACGACAAUCAAUUCGUGAAACAUGGGGUUCAAUGUCUGAUGUGUUUGGUAUACAUUCACAACAUCUCUUUGUUAUUGGCUAUCAACCUGGUGGGAAUUUGUAUAAAGAACUAUCAAAUGAAGCCAUACAUGAACAAGAUUUACUUUACUUAACUAUUGAUGACCAUUCGGUUACACUUAAAGAAUUACAUGCUUAUCGUUGGCUAGAACAAUAUUGUUCGACUGCAGUAUAUAUAUUUAAAACUGAAGAUGAUCUUUUCGUAAAUUCAAUUCUUUUACAUGAACUUGUGCGAGAACUUAAAACUAGACCAAACGAUACGAAAAAUCGAUAUUUAUAUAAUGUUUCAUUAGAUUCGCUUUUUAAUGCUCAAAUAAAUUCGGGCACAUCUGAAUUUCUAUUUGGCUGGUCAUUUAUACCUGGUCGCCCAGAAAGAACUUUAACCAAUUCACAAUACUAUGUUACAUAUCAAGAAUAUCCAAAUGAAUUGUAUCCACGUUAUUGUUCUGGUUUUGGUUAUUUGAUGAAUUCUAAAACGAGAAAUGCACUUACAAAAGAAGCGUUUCGAAUUCAACGUCCAUUUCGUUUUUCUGAUAUAUUUAUAACUGGCAUGAUGCCUGCCAAUCUUAAUUUUAUUUGUGACACUCUUCCAUUUACAUUUCAUCAAGGUACAACUGAUGAAUGUAUAGCAUUAAUUCGAGAGAAUAAUGAAAAAGUACUAUCAUCUCCUCCUACACCGGUUAUUAUCUGUUCAACUGGUCUUCAUACAGGACAAAGUUCAUUUAAUGAUUAUUAUAAAAUUUGGGUAGCUCUUAAACUCAUUUAUGCUGGCAAGUUACAAACAUCAAAUAAUUAA